CAUAUACACACAAAUCCCCACCGCAUCUGAUGGUUCGUCUGUUCUGGAGACGGAAACGGACCCUAUAUAUCUGCUUUGCACUAGUCGGAUCGAUAUUCUUGUUCUCCCAGUUCCAUACCAAUGUGCCUUCAGCAGUGGUACACACGAUACCGAAACCUGUCCACAAACCAAUCGGUGGGGAAGUGAUGGGAGAUCAUGAUGUACCGCAUGCUCCCCCUCCGGUUCAUCAACCAGAAGCUGUACAAAAAAUGAAACAACAGGAUCAAAAUAUUCCACCGGUUGCACUCCCUGUGCUUCCCGCCCCUCAGUCUAUCAUAGAGAAGAUGAAUCUCACACCUCAGUAUCCCCCGGAAAAGAGUACUGCAGAUUCUGUUGGUCCCGGUGAGGGUGGAAAAGCGUAUUCUGUGAAUCGUGAUCAGUUAGGCGAAGAUCAAGUGAAAUUCGACCAGGGCUGGCAAGAUAACGCGUUCAACCAGUAUGCUAGUGACAAGAUCAGUGUUAGGCGAUAUUUACCCGACUAUCGGGAAGGAGACUGCCUGACCCAAAAGUUCCACCCAGAUCUUCCUCAGGCCGCAGUUGUCAUUUGUUUCCACAAUGAAGCCUGGUCAGCACUGCUCCGUUCGGUACAUUCUGUGAUGGACAAUGCACCGAGCCACCUGCUCAAAGAAAUCAUUUUAGUAGACGAUUUCUCUGACCGCGCCUAUCUGAAGCAACCGCUGGAAGAAUAUAUGUCCCGAUAUCCGAUAGUCAAGAUUGUUCGGGCUAAGCAGCGUGAAGGCUUGAUCAGGGCGCGUAUGAUGGGUGUACGUUCGUCCACGGCGGAAGUGCUGGUCUUCUUGGAUUCGCAUAUCGAAUGCACAAAAGGUUGGUUGGAACCAUUACUGGAUCGAAUCAGAGAAAGUGAAACCAACGUUGUUGUCCCCAUCAUUGAAGUGAUUAGCGAUAAAACGCUUCAGUACAACAAUGCGCGUGCCGGAAGUGUGCAGGUCGGUGGAUUCGAUUGGAAUCUGAUUUUCCAUUGGCAUUCGCCACCGAAGCGUGAUAAAGAACGACCUGGAGCUCCGUAUUCCCCGUUGAGGACACCCACAAUGGCUGGUGGAUUGUUUGCCAUUUCGCGAGCAUUCUUCAAACGACUCGGCUAUUAUGACGAGGGAAUGGAAGUUUGGGGCGGUGAAAAUCUUGAACUGUCUUUCAAGGUAUGGAUGUGUGGAGGACAACUGGAAACUAUCAUAUGCAGUCACAUUGGACACAUAUUCCGAUCUCGUUCUCCUUACAAAUGGGAGUCAAAGUUCAGCUCGCCCCUGAGACGGAACACUGCUCGUCUAGCCGAGGCCGUGCUUGGCCCGUACGCCAAAUUCUACCACUCGCAGACCGGUACUCGAAAGAUCGAUUUCGGUGACGUUUCCGAACGUAAAGCGAUUCUUGAUCGUCUGAAGUGCCAUUCUUUCGACUGGUACUUGAAGAAUAUUUACCCGGAAUUCUUCGUUCCGACUGAUUCAGUGGCUCAUGGUGACAUCGAAUCUGAGGCCGGUCCACAUUGCAUCGAUUCCCGAAGGAAGGGCGAUGGUAAAGUAAUUGUUGGCAUGUGGCCUUGUCACAGAGAAGGUGGAAAUCAAGCCGGCCCACAUUGCAUCGAUUCCCCUCUGAAGGGCGAUGGUAAAGUAAUUGUUGGCAUGUGGCCUUGUCACAGAGAAGGUGGAAAUCAAUAUUGGCUCAUGUCCAAGCUCGGUGAGAUUCGCCGGGACAACAAAUGCUGGGACGCUGGUAUUGAGGUUGGGCGCAUAGCCCUCCUUGACUGCCAUGGUGUACGGGGGAAUCAACAUUUUGUGUACACAUCGAAUAACGAGAUAAAGCAUGGUGAACGUUGCGUCACCCUAUCUGAGGACAACAAGUCUUUGACCAUAGAGUACUGCUCAAAUUCGGCUCGGCAGCGAUGGAAAUUCGAUCGAUCACCACUCAUCCUCACCGAGUAGAAGUGUCAUCAACAGUGGUAGUGAUGCGAUUUUACUGUUGUCAUAUGGAACAGAUCGAUUCGAGUUCUCAUGCCUUAGUUGCCUUGUAUUCCAGACGCCCUCAGGUGACUCUAAGCAUAUCGAAUGCUAUUGCCUUGUAUUCCAGACGCCCUCAGGUGACUCUAAGCAUAUCUGAAUGCUAUUGUUGCACACACACCUAUCCACCUAUUCGCCACCAACUGUGAUAUUGCUUAUUGGCAACUGUGGUUACCCUACUCCUUCUCACACUCCAUCUCUUUCAUGUGUGUACAUGAACUGCGCCGUAUUGAUUGUUUCCACUGCUAUCGUUAACAUCAUCCCUCUCUUCACGCCUCUGGGAUCUGGGAUCGUCCUCUCCUUCGAUGUCUUUUAGUAUUCACCUGUAUCAUUCAUUUUUCUGUUUUACUUCCACCUCUCCAUUUGUACGUGUACCGCCCAGUGUUCAUCCAGUCUACCGUGGUUUCCUGGUUGCCAACAUCGUCCAGAUACCCUGAUCUUCACCCCUCUCCUUUUCCACUUGCACAAUGCCUCCCUCUGGGGAUAAUUGACUGGUUGUUCAACCGUCGCUCUGUCUUUUCAAUGAUGAUAGCUGUUCCAUUCCACGCCUUCCAAACCGUGUGUUCUUGUGCCUUGCAACAUUUUUGUUGCUGUCUAUUAGCUAAGGUUCUCAUUCUCUCAUCUACCACAAGAAUUGUAUUUUUCGCCUUCUAUUUUGUUCUUUGUUAGGAGGUAACUUCUAUGUUUUUUUAAAAAAGAAUUGUCGUUAGGAAGUUCUUGUAACAGUGCGUUGCUGCUACUUACGUUGCUCUUGGUGAUUAUGAUAUUGUCAAGGUGCCUUUCAGAAUAAAACUUUGUCUUUCGGCU